UCCAUUGUUCCCAUAAAUCUGGUAACAGAGAAAACUUUCCAGCUAAACGCCGAUAAGACUUCAAACUACUCAUAAUCCUCUAUAUAUAUUGUGAUCAGCACAACAGUGAAGACCACCUCGAAGAGAGGGACCACACAUUUGGCUGUCCGCUUUUUACCUUUCUCUUGAUCCUUUAAAACUUCAGACUUCCUUGCCUUCCUGAGUCAUGGAGAAGGUCCAAUACCUCACUCGCUCUGCUAUAAGAAGAGCUUCAACCAUUGAAGUGCCUCAACAAGCACGCCAAAAUCUCCAGAACCUAUUUAUCAACUUCUGUCUCAUCUUAAUCUGUCUCUUGUUGAUCUGCAUCAUCGUGAUGCUUCUCUGAAGCUCUGCUGCAACCCCCAGUGUUGCGACUGAUCACCAUCAGCUUAACAGGUGUCAUCCCAUGAAGCAGGGAAAACAGACCACUCCCUAUGUAAAAGUUUUGUGAAAAGGUCAAGAUUCACAAGAAAUUGUUAGCAAAUGUAUUCACCUGCUGGAUCUUGUAACCGUGAAAAGGGCUCUAUUUUCAAAAUUACCUUUAAAAUGACUAUAAAUAGUGUGUACAAUGUAACUGUUGGGUUUCUGCAACAGAGCUUGUAAGUUUCAAUCCCAAACGUUUCCUGAGGAUGAACUAGGAGUUUAGUUUUGAAACUGUACUGCUAAUAAGUUCACGUCAUGUAUAAAGCGUUAGCUUCACUACUGGCAGUAAAUAUAAUUUAUAUUGUACUGUAAAAACCUCUUUGAUGUUUAUUAAGUAUUUUUCAGGUCUUCACAAGUACCAAAAUAAUCAUUCAAGUAUCAUUAUUUGAAAUAGCCCACUGAUUCCUCACGUUAUCUUUAUUAGUAUUAUUCAGACAACUUUGUAGUAACUAUCAUUCUCUUUCUAUACUUACCCUAACAUUUUUUGAAGUUUAUGAGAAUCAAGUAAGAAAAAGUAAGGCUAUACUCUUACAUAAAUAAAAUUUCUCUUAACUAAUUUUUUCAAACAAUUACAGAAUUCUAGUCCAUGUAGAUAACCAUCUCCCCAGGAUGGCACAAUCAAUCUCGCUCGAUAGGGAAGAAAUGUUGGUCACUUUAACUGCUAACAGUGUAAUUAGCCAUAAUUACUAAUACACUAAUAGAAUAGAGUCUAACUUUAAUUUACGGCACUGUAGUUGAUUAUCUGAGAUGGAAUACAUAAUUGGCCAUACUGUAUCUUUGCAAUCAUGAAAUCUUCAGACUUCAGAUUUGGUAGGCUGUCUUCUAACCUAGCGCCAUACUCAAUGCAGCAAGAAAAAAAGGAAAGAACAGUACUUCAAGCGUUAAAAAAUUUUAAAUUCUCUCUCCACAUUAACUUAUUCAUUGAUUACAUUUUGAAAUGAACUUUUUGUCUUACUAUUGUAUAUGACAAGACAUAACUCUUUUCCUUAAUCUUAUCAACCAGAUGGUAAACACAGGGGGAACCCUAAAAACCCUGGAAUUUAUUUAUAAAAAUUGUGUAUUUAUUCUUACAUGUUUAAACUGCAGUCAUCUUCAAAGCACCCUCCAUUUGAUGCACUACAUCUGUGCAGACAUUUUUCCACUGCUCAGAAACGAAGCCAACAGGCUGAAUUGAUUUUUGAGGGAUAUAUAAAGAAGGGAGAAAAUUAAAUUUGAACUUGUCAAAUUUUUAA